CAAAAAUUAAUUAAUUUAUCUAUGAUUGAUAAAAGGAGGAUUUCAAAAAGUUCAAGUCAAAAAUAGCUUCAGACGACAUAACAAAAUAUGAAUAAGCAAUAUAAGAAGUUCAAUGAUCUCAUUUGUUCUUAUAAAUCUCCGAUUCUUAACUGUUUUUCUCCUUAAGAAAACAAAAAUUAAAAAAGGAAAGAAGGAGAUGAUUUCCGAUAAACAAAACUUAAUAGUCUACUGCCUAAUGUGAAUCAUAUAAACACGACAACAUCUUCUUAGAUCUAUAAUUCAAUUGAUAACAGAUUUGAUGAAGAAGAUAAAUAUAACAAUUCGCAAAUUUAAAAUUAUUACGAUGAAGGAUUUUGCAAUUCUAAAAGUGGUUUCAAUACAUAGAAUACAAAUUCAAACAAUCACACUAGCUUCUCAAAAAGUGCAGCUGAAACCAUUAAAUUAUAAGAAAAGUAAAUCAAGCACUUGAAAAUGAUGAACGAGUAUUAUGAAAUAUCUCUUAAGCAAAAGGAUUAAAUCUACAAAAUGUUAGUAUUAGAAAAUAUUAAGUUAAAGCAUCAAAUCCAAUAAUUAGAAUAGCAGAAUAACAAUAAAGGCAUAUCUACUUCAGAGUCACAUUUACUUUUUAAAAAACAAAAGGUUCUACUUAAUGAUCAUUCAUAGAAAUCUCCAAAGUAAAGCUUGAUUCAAUAGAUGCCAUCACAGAGCAAAGAAAUAGAAAACACAAACACUUCUUAGGCUUCUCAAGGUUUGAUUACUCUUGAUAAGUAAAGUUCUGAAGUAGCUGUAGAAUUUCCGGAAAAAGUUGAGCUUUACCAAAGAAGAUCUUCAAAAUAAAAAUUAACUUUUAUUUUUAAACCUCCUAGAGUAAGCAAUGAGCAAUAUAGCCAAGUUCCUUAUAAAAUGAAAAAUGGUUUGAUAUAAAAAAACUCUAACUCAACUGAACAAACUUCUAAUUUUGUAAAUGGUAAUAAGGAAAAAAGCUUCAAUGUCAGCAACUUCGGUAACAGUAAUAAUAGCAACAACAAUUAAGAAGACAAAAGUGAUAAAUAAUAGAAGGAAAAGACUCCACCAAAGAUUUAAAACUCAAAUUUAAAAAAUCAUAGUUUAUAAAAGACGAUUAACUUCAACGAUAAAGCUAUUAUAGUAAAAAGUCCGAUUUAGUCUUCUUCAAAAAAAAAGAAUUCUAAUAAAUUUUUCCCAAGCGAAGAAUAAAACUAGAAUUAUUUAGGUGUAAAAAAUAAGAGCAAUAAAGUUAUUACUAACUUAAGUGAAAGUUUCAGAAGAAUUUCUGAUUAUCCCUUGUAAGAUGAUAAUGAUAACUAAUCAUAGUAGUUCAAUUAAUCUUUCUUAAAUGAAACUCCUCAUGGUGUUAAUAGCAACAAAACAACCUUUGAUUAAUUUGAUGAUGCUGUAAAUGUUACUACAUCUAAUUUUUAACCAAAAAAAUCAGAAAUGAAGGCUAAUUUUGUUUCUCAUUCGACAGAUUUUGCCUUUAUUACUUAGCUCCUUGAACUGAAAUCAAAGCCAUAAGAUAAUUUGAAGAUUUAUAAUGAGAAUAAAUCAAUUUAAUACAUUAGAUAAAUGCUAAACGAUGAGAAAAAUUUAAAGAAAACAAUUCUCAAUUUAUCUAAAAACACUUUUGGUCAAUUUUACGACUGCUUACUUUAUACUUUGGAAUCUUCUGAUUUAUUCUUCCAUCUUACUAACAAACUAAAAAACUUAAUUAAUGCAAUUAUAAAGAUUCACCUUUCUGUUGAAAUAAAUGAAGCUUUUUCAAUCAUAGUGAAAGAAUGUUGCAAUGUUUUAGAAUGUGAUCGUGCUUCUGUUUUCUUAGUCAAUCCAUAAACUUCUGAACUUUGGACUAAAAUUGCUAAAGACUCAGGUGUAAUAAAAGUUCCAUUUGGUCAAGGUUUAGUAGGAUUUGUAGCUAAUACUAUGAAACCUCUAAAUAUUUUGGAUGCUCAUAAAGACAGUAGAUUUAAUCCAGAAAUAGAUAAAAAAAAUAAUUAUCUCACAAAAUCUGUUCUUUGUGUUCCUGUUAUAGACUCAGAUAAAGGGAAUUUAGUUGGAGUAAUGCAAGCCAUAAAUAAAAACGAUGGGUUUUUUACAAAAGAUGAUGAGGGAUGUCUUCAAAUAAUGGCUUAUCAUGCUAUGAAUGUUUUGCGUACUUCUAUUAGUAUUGAUUAAAAAUAGAAGAAUCAAAGCAUGAUUAAAAAUUUGCUUCAUCUUUCUAUCAAAUUAGGAAAUUGCAUUACUUUAGAAACACUUGUUUCUAAAUCGAGAAAUAUGAUUCAAAGCUAUUUGGAUGUAGGAGAAUUUAAAAUAUUCUUGGUAGAUAAAGAAAAAUCUAAACUUUUCACUAUAAACUAUUAAAAUGAAAGGGAAGAGUUUGAAUUAAGUUGUGGUUUGAUUGGCCAUUGCCUUUCACUAAAACAAGAUUUAACUAUUGAUAAUGCUUAUAAUCACACAAAUUUCAAUUAAUUAGUUGACAUAAAUACAAGUAUGCCUCUAUGCAUGUACAUAAUUUGGGAUAAUCCAAAGAAGAAAAAUUAAAUUCUGGGAGUUAUUCAAGUUAUAAAUUAAGGAGGUAUUCACAACAUUGGUUCUCCAAUUAAAAACACUGUUAAAUUUGAUACUCACCUUAAAUUAUUUUGCGAAAUAAUUGGAUCUUAAUUAAAAAAGUUUUUAAAACCUGAAAGCACUCAUUAUCACUCUUAACUUUCUUUAUAAUAAAACAAAAUAGAAACAUUUUAAUAAAUAUAAGAAUAAAGAGAAAUUUAACAACAAAUGAUAGUAUGAACUUAAUUUAGUAUAUUAGUUACAUACUUUUCUAACAUUAUUUUAUUUAAUAAUUAAUUUAUUCAGAGUUAAAUAAAUUCAUAUCAACUUUAUUUCAUUUGUUUGAAUUGUGA